AUGGAGGAUGAAGCUGGCAUAGUCAUACAGGGCAAGCAUGAGUGGCAUUCAAAGACAGUGAACAGCACUGAACAAAGCAGAAGAAUGCACAUCUGGAAAGGUAGCUUCAUCCUCAAAACAAUGGUGUCUUUCCUGUGGUUCCAUCACAUUAUGUGCAAGACCCAUCCUACUUGUCACAACAUCAAGACCUGCUCGAUUAUCUGCAGGAAAAAUGAUCCUGUCCGAAUUUCUCAUGAAUUCUAUCAAGUGGGAAACCUUACCAUUGGAGAAAUUGCUUCUCAAGUCUUUUUCCUUCACCUCUCUGUGGAUUUCAGAGAACAGCCCUCUCAGUUUAGCAUGAAAGAAGCCAUUGUGAUGCCAAAGAACUACCAGCACAUCCUGGCUCUUGUAUUUGCUGUAAAGGAGAUCAAUGAAAAUCCUGCCAUCUUACCAAAUAUCACUGUGGGGUUGCAUGUGUUUGACAACUACUACAGUACCCAGGUGACAUAUGAAGCUACUCUGCACCUGCUUUCUACCCAGGACAAAUUUGUGCCCAACUACAAGUGUGACAUCCAGGACCAUUUGAUAACUGUCAUUGGGGGGCUUGAUGCUGAGACCUCCUGCUACAUGGCCACAGUAUUAAAUGCUUACAAGAUUCCACAGAUUGCAUAUGGAUCCCUUGUCUCAGGGCAGAGGGAAAAAAUGCUGUUCCCUUCCUUGUACCAGAUGGUUCCAAAUGAAGUCCAUCAAUACACUGGGAUUAUCCAGCUACUUCGGCAUUUUAGGUGGACGUGGGUUGGCCUCUUUGCUGUGGAUGAUGACAAUGGUGAAAGGUUUUUCCAAGCCUUGGUGCCCAUGCUUUUUGCUCAUCACAUCUGUUCUGCCUUUGUGGAAAGAACACCCAAAUGGACUUAUGUUGCAGGAAUGCUAGACAUGUUUUUAAGUAAUUUGGACAGAUUUCCUGUUCUCAUGAAAAGCCAAGCCAAUAUCUUUAUUGUCCAUGGUGCACCUCCUUCCAUGUUAAAUUUGGCCUGGUAUCUUCAUAUGGCUGUCCUGGAUUUACACCUAGGUAAGGUGUGGAUAGUGACAGAACAGUGGGAUUUCAAAUUAAGUCCCUAUCAAAAGGGAUGGGUUAUCCAAUCCUUCCAUGGUGCUCUAUCUUUCACAGUUCAUUCAAAUGAGCCACCAGGAUUUAGGACAUUUCUCCAGAAUGUACAUCCUUUCUGGGAAAGACAAGAUGGUUUUAUCCAGGACUUCUGGGAGAAGGCCUUCAGUUGUUCAUUGAAGAACGCCAGUGUGGCUGAAAGUGAGGAACCUGAAGAAAGUUGCACUGGGGAAGAGGAACUAGAGAGUCUUCCAGGGACAUUCUUUGAAAUGAGCAUGACUGGUCACAGCUACAAUGUGUACAAUUCUGCCCAUGCCAUUGCAAACGCUCUCUCUAUGAUGUAUGAAUUCAGAUCAAAGCACAAAGCAAGGGUAACUGGUAGAAUUCUGGAGUUCUGGAACCUGCAGCCAUGGCAGGGUAUUUCAUUCAAUAACACUGCAGGAGAAACUGUGCAUUUUGAUGUAAAUGGAGAACUGGACACAGGCUUUGAUAUUACAAAUUGGAAAACUUUCCCAAAUCAAUCUUUUGUUAGAGUCCUAGUUGGAAGACUGGAUCCUCAAGGUCCUCCAGGCAAAGAGUUAACUAUUCAAGAUGAAAGCAUUGUGUGGCAUAGAAGUUUUAAAGAGGCCCUGCCCAUUUCUGUGUGCAAUGAUCACUGUCAUCCUGGCAGCAGCAAGAAAAAGAAGGAAGGAGAGCCAUUCUGUUGCUAUGUUUGUAUUCCAUGUCCAGAAGGGAAGAUUUCGGCCCAGGAAGAUAUGGAUUACUGCACUGAAUGUUCAGAAGAUCAUUAUUCAAACUUAGAGCAAAAUCAAUGCAUUCCCAAAGUUAUAACCUACCUCUCCUAUGAUGAACCACUGGGGAUAAUGCUGGGUUUCUCUGCUGCUGUUCUUGCUUUCAUCACAGUUUUGGUACUAGGAACCUUUGUGAAAUAUCAGGACACUCCCAUAGUCAAAGCAAACAACAGGAGUCUCACCUACACUCUCCUCAUCGCUCUCCUUCUCUGCUUCCUUUGCUCCUUGGUGUUCAUUGGAAAACCACAGCCAGUGACCUGCCUUUUCCAGCAAACAGCUUUUGUCAUUGUCUUUUCUGUGGCCCUUUCCAGUGUUUUGGCAAAAACUAUCACAGUAGUUCUGGCAUUUAUGGCUACCAAGCCAGGGUCCAGGAUGCAGAAAUGGGUAGGCAAGGGGCUAGCAAAUGCAAUUGUCCUUUCCAGUUUCCUUAUUCAAGCAACCAUGUGCUCUUUUUGGCUAUUUAUUUUUCCCCCAUUCCCAGAUAAGAACAUGAACUCUUUGAAGGGAGAAAUCAUAAUUGAAUGUAAUGAGGGCUCAGCUACAAUGCUUUACUGUACUUUGGGCUAUUUGGCCUUUCUGGCCAUUGUCAGCUUCACAGUGGCUUUCUUUGCCAGGAAGCUUCCAGAUACAUUCAAUGAAGCCAAGUUCAUCACUUUCAGCAUGUUGGUGUUUUGUAGUGUUUGGCUGUCAUUUAUUCCAACCUACCUAAGCACCAAGGGAAAAUACAUGGUGACCGUGGAGGUCUUCUCCGUUUUAACCUCUAGUGCUGGCCUGCUAGGUUUCAUCUUUUCUCCUAAAUGCUAUAUCAUUUUAAUGAAGCCCAACCUAAACAAGAGGGAGCAGCUAAUAUGGAGAUAA